AACAUGAAAGACUAUGUAUUACUGUACAAUUUUCGCGCCGACCUAUAAUGGAACUGAUAAGAAUUUCCUAUCAAUCGUUGACCAUCAGGCAUGGAAGUUUUAUACGUAUUCAUUGUCACUUUAACAUUCUGUGGCAAUAAUUUUGUACAAGGCGAAAUUCCGAAUGACAUUAAACAGUUCGUUCUGAGUCUUAUACAUGAGCACAAUGGAGAAGUGACGGAGUUGAAGAAGGAGAUUCGGACCCUGAAACAAGAGGUUACCUCACUUCAGAGGUCUUAUCUAAAGGUCUUAUACGAACUCGAUGAUAUAAGGCGGAAGGAGAAGAAGGAAGAGUUGGUUCCUGUGGAAACCGAAAUAGACGACAGAAUUCAGAAGAUACUCGCCAAGGAUCCAUCCUUUCAGAACGUGACACAAUCCAAUGCUCCCCAAAACUCAGCUGGUGAAAAACAAUUAUCAAAGAGCGUGGAACGCGUGAGAAAAGGAAGACUAGUACCUCAUAACAUGAUCGGCAACUUCCCAACAGCCUUUUCUGCAUCCAUGUCGAGAGAUCUAUCCAAUCUCCAGCAUAAUCAAGUACUAGCAUUUGACAUUGCUUCUCUCAAUAUAGGAAAUGCUUUCGACAAAACUACUGGUGUCUUUAUCCCAAAUAUGAAAGGAGUGUAUGCAUUAUUUGCCACUAUAACUACGAGAACAGGGAAAAGUUUAGAGGCCCAGAUUGUACGAAACGGUGGCGGACUUUGUAAUAUCUUCGCUGGUGACAGUGCAUUCCCUUCUCCUGGCUCCAAUAUGGUCUUGGUUGCUUUAGACGUUGGUGAUCACGUCAUUGUGAGAAUACACAACACCUAUCACGAUUCAGGAGCUACCAUUGACGGAGCUUUCUCCACGUUUUCUGGAUUUUUGUUGUACGAAACAGACUGAAUGAUUAAAACACAUAUAAGGUU